UUCUGUCAUGCGAUUGGUUGUAUUGUUUGACUAGCGUUCUCAUUCUCGCUCCGAAAACGCCAAAUGCGCUUUCAAGUUUCAAACGUGUUUCAAACCAAAAUGGAGGAUUUGUCGGUCGAGGUGUACGGUGAAAAUGGUGCUUAUUAUAAGGCCAUUGUCACCGACGUGCUCGACAACGAGGUUCUAGUAGCCUUUGAAAAUGACUGGCAGCCAGAGUCGAAGUUUCCUUUUUCACAAGUGUUUCUCCCACCUAAAGACACCGGGAAGCAUACAGAGUUUGUCGAAAACCAAGAGGUGGAGGUGUUUGCGAGAUCCAAUGAGAAGGAAGCAUGUGGGUGGUGGACAGCAAACAUCAAGAUGAUGAGAGGAGAAUUCCUCGUGAUAGAAUAUCUGGAAUGGGACAACUGCUACACAGAAAUUGUGCCAAAGGAUCGCCUCCGAGUGAAGACCACUAAGACGCCCAUAGACAAGUCCACCUUCCACAAGUUUGAGAUCACCGUGCCUGAUGACCUCAAAGAUUACCUGCACGACAUGCAAAGCGCGAAGGUGGAGAACGCGCACAAGGAGUUCCAGAAGGCGAUCGGCGCCGCGCUGGUGUGGUACGUGCCCGAGCGCGCCGCGCUGGCCGUCAUCUCGCGCUGCGAGACCUCGCAGAAGCGCGCGCAGAUGCUGCAGGAGAUGCACUUCAGGAAUCUAGCCCAAAAGUUUUUAUUGCUGAAAAAGACUGAGGAGGCGGCGCGGCAGUUGGAGUCCACCAAAAUACACAAUCAGGGAGGCCCCCUUGAGCAGUUAUCGCGGUCGGCCGGCCAGGGGAGCGACGAACGGAGCCGCUACUCGGACGAGUUCUCAGUGCGCGAGGACCUGAUGGGGCUGGCGAUCGGCACGCACGGCGCCAACAUCCAGCAGGCGCGCAAGGUGCCGGGCGUCACCAACAUCGAGCUGGAGGAGGUCUCGUGCACGUUCAAGAUCUGCGGCGAGUCGCUGGAGGCGGUGCGGCAGGCGCGCUCGCUGCUGGAGUACGCGGAGGAGUCCAUCAAGGUGCCGCGCGCGCUCGUGGGCAAGGUCAUCGGCAAGAGCGGGAAGGUCAUACAGGAGAUCGUGGACAAGAGCGGCGUCGUGCGCGUUAAAGUGGAAGGUGACAACGAGCCACAGCCAUCGACGCCUCGCGAGGAAGGAAUGGUCCCGUUUGUGUUCGUCGGCACGAGAGAGAACAUUGCCAACGCUAAAGUUUUGGUCGAGUACCACGUGGCGCAUCUAAAGGAGGUGGAGCAGCUGCGCGCGGAGAAGCAGGAGAUCGACCAGCAGCUGCGCGUGGUGCUGGGCGCCGGCGCGCUCUACCCGCCGCCCGCCGCGCGCGCGCGCCGCGCCCGCUACCCGCCCGGCGGCGCGCGGCACGCGGCGGACGCGGGCGACGAGCGCGGCGAGAACUUCCGGCCGCGCGGCGCGCGCCACCAGCGCGGCAACAGGUCGUCGGAGCGGCGGCGGCCGCUGGAGAACGGGCGCGCCGGCGCGCACUCCGCGCACCGCCCGCAGCCGCCGCGCCCCAACAGCGGCAGACGGCGCGAAGACAGACGCCGGCAGACAGACGACGAGAGCUCCGUGCUGGACAGCCAGGACGUCUCCAGCGCGGACAGAGAGUCGGGCAGCGACUCCGAGGGGCCGCGCGGCAACGGGGACGCGCGCCGGCGGAGGCGCAGGAGGCAAGGAGGCGGGUGGAAGAACGGCGUCGCGGCGUCCGCGGGCGGCGGGCCGGGCGCGGCGGCGGCGGGCGGCAACACUGGCGCGGGCAGCACCGGCGGCGCGGGCAACACUGGCAGCACGGGCGGCGCGGGCCACCCCGCCAGCAAGCCGCGGCGGUCGCCGGCGCGCAAGGCGGAGCUGGUGAACGGCGCGGCCUGACUCCGCCGCGCGGCCCGCCCGCCCCGCCCCCGACUCGCGGCUCUCGUCCACGCCCGAACUACACUUACUCGUAUUAUGCUUUUAUAACAAGAUUCGUCAUUUGUAUUCCUGAUUAUUCGUAUUCAAAUUGAAACGUGUGCGGCGCCCGGAGCCCGGCGCCCGGAGCCCGGGGCCCGGAGCGGCGGAGUGACCCCCAGUCCCCGGAAUAAAACGACAUGUACAUAUUCUCGCUCGUAUUUUUAUUUGUACAAACUCUUCGAUAUGACGACAUGUAUUUAUAUUACUUACAAAAAUAGUACGACUAGUGGAAAAGUUCACGGUUGACUAAUUUAAUAAUACUUGUAAACUGGAAGAGUCCCCGGGGCGCGCUCAGAUGUGACACUAGGAAUUUGCAAAAUUCUAAAUGUGAUUCGUUUGACACGUGACUAAUUAUAGAGUACUAUAUACAACGUUACGUACUAUCAGUAUCAGUCGUUACAUAACAGUACCGUGAUAUGCAUUAUUGCCGGGUUAUAUCACUAACAAAUAUAUACAAGAUAUGCUUUCAGCUCUUGUGCUUCCAUCGGCAUCGUUCACAAUUCGUUCUAGCUUGUACAAAUGGAUAUGUGACAAUGAAGUUUAACAACAUUCUAACUUCAUAUAAUCCCUGAUGAGUCCGACACGUUUUGUUUGUAACUUGAAAUUACUGUCUUUUAUCUCAUAUUGUACACUUAACGUUUUUUCUUUCAAGUAGUGUGUCGAGGUCUAAGUGGAAUCGAACGAAACGCGCAAUGUUAACGCUAGUCUUAAAAUUAAUUUAAAUUAUUGAAUUUAUCAAAACAGUAUGUACACGACCCGCGUUCAGUUUGAUUCCAGUUAGACUAACCUUUUUAUAAUAUUUUGAAAUAAUAUUCUUUAGGCCUGCUUCGAGUAUUUAGUGAACACAUUAUUGUAAUCGAGAUCAGGGCGCAUUGUGUAAAACCUUUGGAAUAUUCAUGUUCUAUAUGAUAAAUACCUUGUUUGGAAAAAUAAUUAUGUCUCGUAUGUUAGUGCCUAGUAGUCUACGCAAUUGACAAGAGUUUUUCAUGCCAAGUCGCAUAUUGUAUUAACGGAAUUAACUUGUCGAUUGUUUUAAAGUAUACGGUGGGGUCUGGAAACCCCAUCGCAUUGUCGAGGCGGGUCCCGACGGUUCGCUCGGAGAUUUUCACUAUAGUGAAGGAUUUUUGGUUGAAUGUUUUCGACACUUUUUAUUUUAUUUUUAGACGUGUCACUUCGAGUAAAUGCUUUUUAUUUGAAAUAUAUAGCCGUCGGAUUCCGCCUUUACAUUUUGCACGUGUUUCCUGUGAGUCAGGAAUAACUUUUGUCAAACAUAAGCGUUAUUGCUUAGACUAUAGGUGUAAAUUACGACAUUGUACACGGUUUACUGAACAACUCCUGGUUGAAUCACUGAAGGGGUCGGACGAGGUUUCGUGACUUUUUUUAAUGAUUGGAUGCAGCUCCCUGUGUCUGUGGCCGGCCAUCAGUAAUUCAGCCGGUCUUGGAGUGAGCGUACUGCCACAUUUGCCGACGUCGCGUCGCCGCGGGCGGCCGGCGUUACGCGUGGUAUCCGGCCGCUCGGGACUUGAGCGUUUUGACGCGAGUUGCGGUCGCGCGAACGCGGCAGGUGUGACCGUACUCUUGACAGAUGUUUGAGAUUUAGAAGUAGACCUUCUUUAUCAUUGUGCUGCCUGAUAAUGAAUUAAAUACAUAGUUUUUUGAUACAUUG